UAGAAGCAGUCCCUGAGCUAUAUUUAGACAGCAUAAACAGUACAUAAUGCAGGGUUGUCCGGGAGUGGUGUAAACAUUUGAUAGUACACCUGGACAACUGUGUCGUAUCAGAGGGUCAGACCGAGAGGCACAAUGCAGAACCUUAAGUUAGUGACGGUAGGAGAUGGUGCUGUGGGGAAGAGCUGUCUUCUUAUCUCUUACGCAACCAAUGCCUUCCCCAGCGAAUACGUACCAACAGUGUUCGACAACUAUUCAGCAAACGUUAUGGUGGAUGGAAAAGCUGUCAAUGUAGCACUGUGGGAUACAGCGGGACAGGAGGAUUAUGAUCGUCUGCGGCCGUUAUCCUAUCCACAAACAGACGUGUUUUUCCUCUGUUUUUCAGUAGAAAGCCGAGCAUCACUAAUGAAUGUGACAGACAAAUGGGUUCCAGAAAUAAGACACUUCUGUUCUGAUACGCCUAUCGUAGUCGUUGCCUGUAAAAUAGAUUUGCGCCAUACAAGUUUACGUGACGUGGUGACAUAUGAAGAAGGGUCAAAGGUCGCCAAGGAUCUGGGCUUGCGUUACCAGGAAACUAGUGCAUUAACGCAGGCGGGGUUAAAGGAUUGUUUCGAUAAUGCGAUCCGGGAGGCAUUAUGGUCAGCACCUAAUAAUGUAAAAAAGAACUUUGGAUUUUCUUUCGGUAGAAAAAAGAAAGUACCUCUUCCUCCAGUCAUGCCCCCUGCCGGCAAGGCCCCAUGGAUUGAAGUGGAAACAUCAAGGAUUGCAGAAGAUUGGAUGGCGAUGCAUGAAAAUCCUGUCCAUGCAGAUGUUACGUUUGUCCUGAGCGGACAACACAAGCUGGACGCGCAUAAAAUAGUCCUAUGUUCAGCCUCGAAAUAUUUCAGAAGAGUCUUUGGAAUGAUGUCUUCAAAUAAGAGCGCCCAAUUGAAGCAGAUAGAAUCCUUGAGUAACUUCACCAUGGAAGAUCUAAACUCUGGACUUGUGGAGGGUAUUGUAGCAGUAUAUGACAAAGACACAGGGCCAGAGGGCACUGGUGGUCAAGGUCAUCGCCAUACAAUGGUAGAACUCAGUGCCGAUAUCAAACCAAAAACAUUUGUCAGAGUUCUGGAAUUUCUCUAUUCUGGUGUACCUAAAUUGACCAACGAUGACGAUGAGAUUGACCAAGACGAACUUGCGGACGUCAUGAAGAUUUCCAACAUAUUCAAAUUGCCCCGGCUGACAGAGAUUUGCCAAAAUUGUCUCACCGAGCAGGAAUUCCUAAACCCAAGUAUAGGUACCUAUCUGAAUGAUGAGACCGGACAAAAGAUGAAGGAGCUUUACUUCAACAAACCCGAGAUGGCUGACGUCGCAUUUAGGGUGGAAGGUCGAACGAUAUACGCCCAUAAAACUGUGCUAACUGCAAGGUGUAAAGUUAUGGCGGCCAUGUUUGGAGGUCACUUCGUAGAAGGAAAAUCAGCAUUAUCUGAGGUGGAAAUCCCGGCUACAUCAGCAGAGUGCUUCCUUGCUCUUUUGGAAUACCUAUACACUGAUCAUUCACCUAUUGAAGACAUUGAGGUGGUAGGACUAGUUGUUCUUGCGGAUGAAUAUGGACAAAAACGUCUCAUGAAUUUGUGUGAAUUAUAUAUCACCAAAGAAGUGGAUAAAAGUGUGACAAAAAAUAUAGAGAAAGCAGAAAUUGAUGUCAUUGGACUUUUGCACACGACGCAGACUUACAAUGCAGAACAAUUGUCCGGAUGGUGUUUGCACUUCAUUUCUACCAACUACACAGCAUUUCAAAAUCGGGCAGAAUUCAAGUCGCUAAAAGGAGAAAACAAAACAUACAUUGAGAAGAACCAGUGGCCUCCAGUAUCGUACCUUAAUGAGGUGGAGGCGUACGAAAAGAAAUGGAAAACAAAUGGAGACAAAUGUUCAAUUAUGUGAAAAAUGUCCUUUAUGUAUGAACGAUUUUCGGGAAUAGGCAAUAUUUAUACAAUGUGUAAUCUGUAUACAACCGUAUCUCGUUCACCUUAUCUAUUUUAAAGUUAUCGAUGGGAUGCAUAAAACCUGUUGGAAGGUCAAUACUUUGGUCGAUGUAUACGAAAUAGAGACAUUAUCAGAUGAAGUGAUCAAAAUACGUUUAAAUGUAACAGAUGUGAAUGAAUGAAUGAAUGAAUGAAUGAAUGAAUGAAACCUAUAAUAAAUGUAUAAUCGAACAACAAACUUUUAAAAUAUGUUAUGUAUUUUUUAAUCGCCUAUUACGAUCGCCUCUGUUCGGCGUUGUGCGUCGUUAAUAAUUAAUGUUUGCGACUUCUCUAUAACCAAGAUGUCCAGGGUCAUGAUAUUUGACCAAUAGUACACUGGGAUAAAGGCUGCACAGUUUAUUCAAAUGAUUGAUCUUGGCCUACUUUCAAGGUCACAGGGAUCAAAUGUGUUAAAAUCCUUGAACGUCCUCUCAAUAACCAGAGGUCCAUGGUCAUCAUAUUGGGGAAAAUUACAUGCUUGGAUAAUAUAAUUAAUCGUUAAAUAACUUGACGUCGAAUGUGUUAAAUUCGUAAUUUAAAAAAACGUAAAUAUGUAUUUGAUGUGACCGUUAAGGCCCAUGGGCCUAUUGCAUAGCACGAUAAGAUAUGAUGUGAUAAGAAUUCGAACUCAAUUUGUCAAUCAAUAAACGUAUUGCAAUUGUCA